AUGGAGCAAGAGGACAAGACCGAGCUCAAACGAAUUGCCACUGCGCUUUCUCGUCGACAAUCUCAAGUUGCAGCACCUGCUCGCCGUCAAUCAACGGGCCUUGGCACUGUUGACGAGUACGAUGCCACUCUCGACCCUGACCGUCACGAAUUCGAUCUCUCGAAAUGGUUGCUUCGAUUCAUCCGCGAACUCAACGAAAAGGGCCUCGCAGACCGUCAAAUAGGCGUAUCGUUUCGAAAUCUCGACGUUUUUGGUUCCGGUAGUGCAAUUCAGCUUCAAAAUACAGUAGGCUCUGUUCUCACCGCACCACUGAGACUUGGAGAGUUCUUCAGCUUUGGCAAAAAGGAGCCAAAGCAUAUUCUUCACAAUUUCAAUGGGCUCGUCAAGAGCGGAGAGCUAUUGGUUGUUCUAGGACGCCCAGGUUCUGGUUGCAGCACGCUCCUGAAAUCGAUUUGCGGCGAGUUACAUGGCCUGAACAUUGGAGAGAAGUCGGCCAUCAGCUACAACGGCAUCCCGCAAAAGCAGAUGAAGAAGGAAUUCAGAGGUGAAGCGAUUUACAAUCAAGAGGUCGACAGACACUUUCCUCACCUUACUGUCGGGCAGACCCUCGAAUUCGCCGCCUCAGUUCGAACACCAUCCCAUCGAGCCCACAACAUGCCUCGCGCUGAAUACUGCCGUUAUAUCGCCAAAGUAGUCAUGGCAGCAUUUGGCCUCUCACACACCUACAAUACCAAAGUCGGCGAUGAUUUCAUUCGUGGCGUAUCUGGAGGUGAACGAAAGCGCGUCAGUAUUGCGGAGAUGGUUUUAGCCGGCUCGCCGUUUUCUGCUUGGGAUAACAGCACUCGAGGUCUCGACUCAGCAACAGCGUUCAAAUUCGUCAAAGCACUCCGGAAUGCUGCCGAUCUGGGCAAUCUCGCAAACGCCGUUGCCAUUUACCAGGCCAGCCAGGCCAUCUACGAUCUUUUCGACAAAGCGACAGUAUUAUACGAUGGCCGUCAGAUCUACUUUGGACCAGCGAGUAAAGCAAAGGCCUAUUUCGAGAGACAAGGCUGGUACUGCCCCCCACGCCAAACAACUGGCGACUUCUUGACCUCUGUUACCAAUCCGGUGGAGCGUCAGGCUCGUCAGGGAAUGGAGAUGAAAGUACCUCGAACUCCAGAAGACUUUGAGAGGCUUUGGCUAGAAUCGCCUGAGUUCCGCGCUCUGCAGAAAGAUCUUGAUCGGUAUGAAGAGCAAUUUGGCGGCGAGCGCCAAGGCGAGAGUCUUGCGCAUUUCCGCCAACAGAAGAACUUGAGGCAGGCUAAGAGAAUGCGACCCAAGUCGCCGUACAUCAUCAGCAUCCCAAUGCAAGUAAAGUUCAAUACCAAACGAGCCUAUCAGCGCAUAUGGAAUGAUAUCUACGCAACAAUGGCAUCCACCGUGGUUCAAAUUGUCAUGGCUCUCAUCAUCGGCUCCAUAUUCUUCGACACGCCUAAUAAUACAGACGGGUUCUACGCCAAAGGUUCGGUUUUGUUCGUGGCCAUCUUACUCAAUGCAUUGACAGCGAUAUCGGAAAUCAAUAGUUUGUAUGCACAGCGACCAAUUGUUGAAAAACAUGCCUCGUAUGCAUUCUAUCAUCCGGCCACCGAAGCAGCCGCGGGUAUCGCUGCCGAUAUCCCCAUCAAGUUCAUUACUGCCUCGGUCUUCAACAUCAUCCUCUACUUCAUGUCUGGCUUGAGGAGAACGCCAUCGCAGUUCUUCAUCUAUUAUCUUAUUGGUUAUGUCUCUAUAUUCGUCAUGAGUGCCAUUUUCAGAACGAUGGCCGCCAUUACCAGGACGGUUUCGCAGGCCAUGUCGCUUGCUGGAAUUUUGGUCCUCGCGCUUGUCAUUUAUACGGGAUUUACCAUUACAGUACCGACAAUGCAUCCUUGGUUCAGCUGGAUUAGAUGGAUUAACCCGAUUUACUACGCCUUCGAAAUCCUAGUCGCAAACGAAUUCCAUGGUCAAGACUUCCCUUGUGGUAGUAGUUUUGUGCCACCGUAUAACCCGACUGUCGGCGAUUCUUUCAUCUGCCCCGUUGCAGGCGCUGUUGCGGGUAGCACUACCGUCAGUGGCGACGCUUUUAUUGCGACCAACUACGAGUAUUAUUAUUCUCACGUGUGGCGUAACUUUGGUAUUCUGAUGGGAUUUCUCUUCUUCUUCAUGGCAGUGUAUUUUAUUGCUACGGAAUUGAACUCGUCAACCUCAAGUACCGCCGAGGCCCUUGUUUUCCGGAGAGGCCACGUCCCUGCACACAUUAUGAAGGGUGAAAGUGGUCCUACUAGAACCGAUGAUGGGGUCGAUGAGAAAGGUCUUCAUGUCGUCAAUACUAACGCCAAUAUUAACGGACUGGAACCUCAGACAGACCUUUUCACGUGGAGAAAUGUUGUUUACGAUAUCAAGAUUAAGAGCGAGGACCGCAGACUUUUGGAUCAUGUCUCGGGUUGGGUUAAGCCAGGCACAUUGACCGCACUCAUGGGUGUUAGUGGUGCAGGAAAGACGACCCUCCUCGAUGUGCUCGCUCAGCGAACUACCAUGGGCGUCAUUACGGGCGAUAUGCUUGUCAAUGGCAGGCCACGAGAUCUUAGCUUCCAGAGGAAAACGGGCUAUGUCCAACAACAGGAUCUGCAUCUGGAAACUGCUACAGUUCGCGAGAGUUUGCGAUUCAGCGCCAUGCUGCGUCAGCCGAAAUCUGUCCCCAAGGCGGAGAAAUACGCGUUUGUUGAAGAAGUCAUCAAGAUGCUCAACAUGGAGGAGUUUGCCAAUGCUGUUGUCGGUGUUCCGGGCGAAGGUCUCAACGUUGAGCAGCGAAAGCUCCUCACUAUCGGAGUAGAACUCGCAGCCAAGCCGAAGUUACUGCUCUUCCUCGACGAACCUACCAGUGGUCUUGACUCUCAGAGUUCGUGGGCCAUUUGCUCGUUCCUUCGCAAGCUUGCCGAUUCUGGUCAAGCGAUUCUCUGUACCGUCCAUCAGCCCAGCGCCAUCCUCUUCCAGACUUUUGAUCGCUUGCUUUUCCUGGCCAAAGGCGGAAAGACGGUGUACUUUGGUAACAUUGGUGACAACUCCCAUACGCUUUUGAACUACUUUGAGCAACACGGAGCUCGCAAAUGCGGCAACGAGGAGAACCCAGCCGAGUACAUGCUCGAAAUUGUAAACAACGGAGUCAAUGACAAGGGCGAAGAAUGGCCCUCUGUAUGGAAGUCUAGUUCUGAGUUCGAGGCGGUCCAAUCGGAACUUGAUCGCCUCCAUGAAGAGAAACUAGCCGAAGGCUCGACUGUAGAAGAUGCGUCCUCUCAAUCCGAGUUCGCCACGCCUUUCGCAACUCAGCUUUGGGAAGUUACAUACCGAAUCUUUCAACAGUAUUGGCGCCUACCCAGCUACAUCUUCGCCAAGUUUUUACUCGGCAUUGCUGCAGGUCUGUUCAUUGGGUUUUCGUUUUUCAAUGCCAAUUCCUCGUUGGCAGGAAUGCAGAAUGUGAUUUUUUCCGUCUUCAUGGUUACGACCAUAUUUUCUACCAUUGUGCAACAGAUUCAACCACUCUUUGUCACCCAAAGAUCGCUGUACGAGGUCCGAGAGCGCCCAAGCAAAGCCUACUCAUGGAAGGCUUUCAUCCUUGCAAACGUUUUUGUCGAGAUUCCCUAUCAGAUCAUCAUGGGCAUCCUGGUCUUCGCCUGCUUCUACUACCCCGUUGUCGGCAUACAGAGUUCCAUCCGGCAGAUUCUAGUCCUCUUGUUCAUCAUGCAGCUCUUCAUCUUCGCAAGCUCGUUUGCUCACAUGAUCAUUGUGGCUAUGCCGGAUGCGCAGACGGCUUCCGCCAUUGUAACCUUCCUGGUCUUGAUGAGCACGCUCUUCAACGGAGUGUUGCAGGUGCCUAGUGCGCUCCCGGGGUUCUGGCUAUUUAUGUGGCGCGUCUCAGUCUUUACGUACUGGGUUGCGGGUAUAGUUGCAACGGAGCUCCACGGACGACAAAUUAUUUGUUCCCAGAGCGAGUUGUCCAUCUUCAACCCGCCCUCCGGCCAGACUUGCGGCGAGUACCUGGCACCGUUCCUCCAGCAGGCACCGGGACAGCUGCAGAAUCCUUCGUCCACGACGAAUUGUGCAUACUGCCAGCUUAGCAAUGCAGACCAAUAUCUUGCAGGCUCAGAGAUCUUUUGGAGUGACAGAUGGCGCAACUACGGCAUUGUUUGGGCGUAUAUUGUCUUCAACAUCUUCACGGCCAUUACCCUGUACUAUCUCUUCCGGGUCAAGAAAUGGAACAACCUCCACUUCCGACUUCCGUGGAAGAAGGCCUCAAAACAAUGA